GCAGGCUAGAAAAUAUAUGGAUAAUUGUGAAAGCGGUGAUAGGGUCGUACCUAGGACACGUCAGCUUUGUACAUAUUGUACUAGCAUGCGGAAACGUCGCCAGAAUAAUUGAUAGCACCUUCAGAUAUCUGAACAGAUAUGCAAAUCACUGCAACAAUUACUCGAAUGGUGCUUUAAAAAGCUCGCCCAACGCAGCAAAGCAUAACAAACUGCCUAAUUACGUCUCCUGGUCUCCUGUCUGAUAGAAGCAAUGGUUUUCAAAGACCGUCCGAAGACGACAAGUUGAAAAUCUAGCCCGUACUGAUUCUGAUGACCAUGUCUACGGAAUCAACAAAGGUACUUUAGCGAGGCACCGUUCAUUCCGAUCAUCAUUUAUUGCAAAGUUCACAGUCAAGAAUAUAAUUCACUUUAAUGGUCAGGGAGUAGCAGAGCUUCAGAAGCAACAGAACGCGAGAUUAAACAGAUACAAAGCUCCACGUUUCACAAGAAUUCCCCUUUUUUGUGAUGGGAGAUGAAGCUUUACAUUCGCUGAAGAAGAGUGAUAUAAUUGAGUCAAAAGGAUAACAAACAGAGCAUGGGUAACAGGAACUCAAACACGAACAAUGCGAAUUCGAUGGCUUUCGCGGAGGAUGAAGAGGAAGAGGAAAAUUGGGCUGGCUGGAUGGAAGGAAACUCUCGAAUAGAUAGGAAAUUUCUCCCCGCGUACCCUGGGACACAAAUUCUACCUGUUCAGCCGAUUUAUCGAGCUGAUUCAGACGCUAUGCUGCUACAAGCUGCCACCAGUAGCACUACAAGGACUCACGAAAGCAAAUUGAAAUCAAAGCGAGCAAAGGCUUUGCGUUACUACACGAAAGGAAGAACAACAUCAAACGGGCUCACGCGCGGUGACGACUUCUCGGAUUCCGAGGAGGAAAAUGGGGACGUAUUUCAUGAAAAUGAAAAUAAUAAUAUGUUGCAAUCAAACGUUUCUUUUCACGAGCGGAGAGAAGACGAAGAUAUAUGUGAGGAGCUUGGUCCGCGAGGAUUCCCCACGGGGAGGGUGUACGUCUCUUUGUCAUACGACGCCGUGACCCAGAGGCUAAAGGUCACCUUGCUCAAGGCUAAAAAUCUCAGCUGCAAAAGAACGGAAGGCAAAGACAAAUGUGGCAUUAAUUGCUCAGAUUCCUUUGUGAAAUUCACUCUAUUGAAAGGAGAAAAGGAGGUGAAGUCACACGAAUCUGCCAUCAAAAAAGGCUACUCAGAAGUCCUUUACUACGAGAACCACGCCUUCGACAUCGAGAUCACGGGACUCCAGACACUUUCCCUUAUAAUCACUGCCGUACACUGCUGUAAGCCUCACUUGAUCCACCACAACCACGAGAUAGGCAGAGUGGUGAUACCUGCUGAUCUCAACAACGAGAGCGUCGUAGAAAGCCAGCUGAUGGAGGCGCUGACACACCCGGGCCAAGUUAUAUACGAGUGGCACACUAUACGGAGCUGAAUCACUAUUAGACUUAGGUAGAAUCUGACACAUCCAAGCUUAGAUAUAUACGAGUGGCAUACUAUACGCAGUUGAAUCACUUAGGUAGAACCUGACACAUCCAAGAUACACACAUCUUCUAUUGCGGACAACCUCUAUUAAGUGGACACUUGUACUCGGUCCCAAGGGUGACCGCUUGGUAGAGGUACCACUUUAAAUCUAGAUACCUCUAUUGCGGCCAGGCCCUUUUCCCGGUCCUGAGGGUGACCGCUUGAUAUUUAGAUACCUCUGUUGCAGCAAACUCUAUUUUAAGUGGACACUUGUCUAUCUCCCCAGGGUGGUCGGAUAGCACUAAUGUAUUAUACAAGGCGAGUCUGUGAUGCACUAAUACGUUCAUACGGAUACUUCAUUAUACUAAUCUUUUACAAAACUGAAUCUCUAUAAAACGUACAGAGAUAAAGGGUAGAGUUAGAGUAUUCCAAUCCUGUCCCAAAGCUUUUUUAGACAAAAUUAUAAUAGAACAACUGUAA